GUACCGUUUAAUUUGUCAUACAACGCCAAAUCCACCGCUCUCUACUCCUUGGAUCAGCAGAGGCGAUUCUCACGCGGCGUUCUUUCCUUUCCCCAGUCUUCCUUUGUUGUAUCCACUUCCCUUUUCCACACCCGUCAAGAUGAAGGUCGGAUUGUGCGUGUACAGUGGGUACAAAAUCUACCCUGGCCAUGGCAAGACCAUGGUCAAAGUGGACGGCAAGACCUUCACUUUCCUUAACAAGAAAUGUGAGUCUUCCCAUCUUAUGAAGAGGAAUCCCAGGAAGGUCACAUGGACAGUGCUUUACAGACGUAAGCACAAGAAGGGUCAGGAGGAAGAUAUCCAGAAGAAGCGUACCCGCCGCACGCAGAAGUUCCAGAGGGCUGUUGUUGGUGCCACCUUAACUGAUAUCUUGGCCAAGAGGAACAUGAAACCUGAAGUCCGCAAAGCUCAGCGUGAACAGGCUAUUCGUGCUGCCAAGGAGCAGAAAAAAUCUACCAAGACCACAACUAAGAAGGCACCUGCACCCAAGGUCAAGGCACCUCCCAAGCAGAAGACUGCUAAAGUUCAACAGAAGAGUGCUCCUCGUGUUGGUGGAAAGCGAUAAACUUUAUCAAUAAAUUAAGUAUAAAUCA